UCAGCGUGUCCCGGCGGGGAGGGGGAAGAAGGGCGGUGCUGCGGUGGACUAUAUUGCAGAAAUCCUCGGAGCACAUCGUCCCUUAUUCGCUCAGAGUUCCGUCGAGUGUUAACCGCCAAGUGAUUUUGGGUCGUCCAGACAUGGCUGGGUAUCUGAAAGUGCUCGCCUCUGUGUCGAGGGCCACUGGGACCGCGUUCUCCAGAAACCCCGCAGUGCUUGCGCCGGCUGCAAAUUGCCAGACUUUGCAGCAGCGAAACUAUGCAGACCGGCGCAUUAAAGUUGCCCAGCCCGUGGUGGAGAUGGAUGGAGACGAGAUGACCCGAAUCAUCUGGGAGUUCAUUAAAGAGAAGCUCAUUCUAAGCAAUGUUGACGUGGAACUGAAGUAUUAUGACUUGGGGCUGCCAUACCGCGACCAGACUGAUGACCAGGUCACCAUCGACUCUGCCCUCGCCACGCUGAAGUACCACGUGGCGGUUAAAUGUGCUACCAUCACACCCGACGAAGCCAGAGUGGAAGAGUUUAGUCUGAAGAAAAUGUGGAAGAGCCCCAAUGGAACCAUCAGGAACAUUCUGGGAGGCACCGUCUUCCGAGAGCCAAUCAUUUGCAAGAACAUUCCCAGGCUUGUUCCGGGCUGGACACAGCCCAUCACUAUUGGCAGACACGCCUUUGGUGAUCAGUACAGGGCGACAGACUUUGUUGUCGACCAGCCCGGUAAAUUCAAGAUGAUCUUUUCUCCUUCUGAUGGAAGCACUCCCAAGGAAUGGGAAGUUUUUGACUUUCCUGCUGGCGGUUGCGGAAUGGGCAUGUAUAACACCGAUGAGUCUAUUACAGGCUUUGCACACAGUUGCUUCCAGUACGCCAUUGCCAAGAAGUGGCCGUUGUACAUGAGCACAAAGAACACCAUUCUUAAAGCCUAUGAUGGCAGAUUUAAAGACAUCUUCCAGGACAUCUUUGAAAAGAAUUACAAACCAGAGUUCGACAAGCUGAAGAUCUGGUAUGAACAUAGGCUUAUUGAUGACAUGGUUGCACAAGUACUGAAGUCCUCAGGAGCCUUUGUAUGGGCCUGCAAGAACUAUGAUGGAGACGUUCAGUCUGAUAUCCUUGCACAGGGUUUUGGCUCCCUGGGACUGAUGACAUCGGUUCUCAUCUGUCCUGAUGGUAAAACCAUCGAGGCUGAGGCAGCACACGGCACGGUGACCAGGCACUACCGUGAACACCAGAAGGGGAGACCGACCAGCACAAACCCGAUUGCCAGUAUUUUCGCCUGGACUCGAGGCCUGGAGCACCGAGGCAAACUUGAUGGCAAUCCUGAUCUUAUUAAGUUCGCUCAAACUCUGGAGAGGGUGUGUGUGGAGACUGUGGAGAGUGGCACCAUGACCAAGGACCUCGCAGGUUGCAUCCACGGCUUGUCCAAUGUGAAGCUGAAUGAGCACUACGUCAACACCACAGACUUCCUCGACGCCAUCAAGACGAAUCUGGAAAAAGCUCUCGGCAAGUGAAGGACUCGGAACGCGGUGAACCUGAAGAUGGCAAUGUCACUCUUCUGUUUUUGUACCUCAUUUUUAACUUAAAAAGGUCAAUAAAUCCACCCCAGAAGACAAAUGCCAUCUGUAGGAUAGUUCUUAUCUUAUUAAAUGGUUAAAUUAUCCUUCUCACUUGACGGCCCCUAGCUACCUGUCCAUUCAUGUGCAAGGUUUUAUUUUUGUAAAAUGUACUGUAUUCAACGCUGUGUAAUGACUUGAGCGAGGCUGAAGCCUGCAUCACACAUGCGCCAAUAAAAUCUCAUUUGACCCAA